UCUUCGCUCUUGCUGAUUUUUUGUCUUAACACUUUUUUAAUUCUCUCUCUCUCUCUCUCUCUUGUGUGGGUGUCUCUGAUAUAUAUUGACAGGUCACAGAACCACCUCAUUUUCUUCUUUAUUUGCAGCAACCUCUCUCGAUCUCGAUUCUGUUCAUUGAUCUGUUUCUAUCGCCAUGGAUGAAGAGUACGAUGUGAUAGUGCUCGGAACGGGGCUCAAAGAAUGCAUCCUCAGUGGUCUUCUUUCUGUUGACGGCCUCAAGGUCUUGCAUAUGGACAGGAAUGACUAUUAUGGAGGAGAGUCAACUUCCCUGAAUCUCAUUCAGCUCUGGAAAAGGUUUAGGGGAAAUGAUAAGCCUCCAGCACAUUUAGGCUCCAGCAGGGAUUACAAUGUGGACAUGAUUCCAAAGUUCAUGAUGGCAAAUGGUACUCUGGUGCGUGUCCUCAUUCAUACAGAUGUUACAAAAUAUCUGUACUUUAAGGCUGUGGAUGGAAGCUAUGUCUUUAACAAGGGAAAAAUUCACAAAGUACCAGCAACUGAUAUGGAGGCCCUUAAAUCACCACUGAUGGGUAUAUUUGAAAAACGACGUGCUCGAAAGUUCUUACUCUAUGUCCAAGAUUACAAUGAAAAUGAUCCAAAAACUCACGAAGGCAUGGACCUUACAAGAGUCACAACAAGAGAACUUAUUGCAAAAUAUGGUCUUGAUGGCAACACUGUGGACUUUAUUGGUCAUGCACUGGCACUUCAUAGAGAUGACCGCUACCUUGAUGAACCUGCACUAGAUACUGUGAAAAGAAUGAAGCUUUAUGCGGAAUCCUUUGCACGCUUUCAAGGAGGAUCGCCAUACAUAUAUCCCUUGUAUGGAUUGGGGGAGCUCCCACAGGCAUUUGCACGACUCAGUGCUGUUUAUGGUGGGACCUACAUGUUGAACAAACCUGAGUGCAAGGUGGAAUUUGAUGAGGAAGGAAAGGUUUAUGGUGUCACUUCAGAAGGGGAGACUGCAAGAUGCAAGAAAGUUGUUUGUGAUCCUUCCUACUUGCCCAACAAAGUUAGGAAAGUUGGGAAGGUUGCAAGAGCAAUCUGUAUUAUGAGCCAUCCCAUCCCAAAUACUAGUGAUUCUCACUCAGCGCAGGUCAUCCUGCCACAGGAGCAACUGGGUCGCAGAUCUGACAUGUACCUUUUCUGUUCUUCUUAUGCACACAAUGUCGCUCCAAAGGGUAAAUUCAUUGCAUUUGUCACAACAGAAGCAGAAACCAACCAGCCUGAGGUUGAACUAAAGCCAGGAAUUGACCUUCUAGGACCUAUUGAUGAGAUCUUCUUUGAUGUUUAUGAUAGAUAUGAACCUGUCAAUGAACCUUCUUUGGACAAUUGUUUUAUAUCAACUAGUUAUGAUGCAACAACACAUUUUGAGUCGACUGUCAUGGAUGUACUCAACAUGUAUACCAUGAUUACUGGGAAGGUUUUGGACCUAAGUGUGGAUUUAAGUUCUGCCAGUGCUGCUGAAGAAUGAUGAAUUAUAUUAAUCUUCGGCUCAAGUGGCAAUGUUUCUAAUGUGAUUAUUAUAAAGAUCGUCUUUGUGGGGAUUGUGCAGAACUGACAUGGCGAUUAAGUUAUAUUUUAUUCUUUGCAAUAUAGAUCAUCGUCAAACUUAAUAACAUAGUAUAUUUCUGUGAUUACUGGCAUUUGUUGGGCAUGUCCUGAUGCGGAAAUAUGGGUGUGCAUUUGUUACAA